AGACAAAGAACAAUGUACAUAAGGAAAGCCACUAACAUGGUGAUGAAUAUAGAAUCUUAAUCCUCCUUUCAUUCUUGUUGUUUUAUCUCUGGAGGAGCUACCCUCGAAGGUAGCAACCAUUCUAUCCCAAAUUGUUUCAAAUUUCUCCCAUCGAUGAAGGUUGUGUGAUUCAACCUUAUCGAUCAGGUCCUCGAUCCGGACUCUGAUUUCAUGGUUUAUGAAUCGCUAUUAGCUGAAUAUACAAGCCCGACAAAAUCAAGCAUAUACUGGAAAAAGUAGAAAUAGAAGAAGAAGAACGAUGAAGAAAACAGAGUUGGUGUUCAUCCCAGCUAUGGGAAUCACUCACCUUGUCCCGAUGAUGGAAUUCGCCAAGCUACUCCUCGACCGAGACGAUCACUUCUUCAUUACCGUCCUCCUUAUCAAACCACUCUUUUUUUCUUCGGACUUCAACUCUUACACCGAUUCGCUCGCCGAUUCUCUUCCUUGCCUCCAAUUCAUCCAUGUUCCAGAGCCUUCAUCAUCCAAUCUCCAAACCCAAGGGAGCCUCCUGUCUGUACGUGCAGAGACCCAGAAACCACUUGUCAAGCAAACAAUCACCAACCUCUUCUUCUCCGACUCAGACUUUGAAUCGGCACCAGAUAGGACUCCACUUGCAGGGUUAGUCAUAGAUCUUUUCUGCACCACCUUGAUCGAUAUCGCCAACGAAGUCGGCGUCCCUUCCUACAUCUUCUUCACCUCCUCUGCUGGAUUUCUCGGUCUUUUACUCCACCUCCCUGAACUCGACAACCAGAUAGACUCCGAUUUUAAGGACUCGGUCACAGAGUUGAGUAUUCCGAGUUUCACUAACCCAGUUUCUCCCUUUUUGUUGCCUUCUCUAAUGUGGAGUAAAAAGGAAGAAGGCUAUGGCUGGUCCGUCUACCAUGGCCGAAGGUUUAUGGAAGCGAAGGGCAUUAUCUUAAAUUCAUUCGUUGAGCUCGAACCCACCGCGAUAAACUCUUUCACCGGCGGUCGAAUCCGGACACCGCCGGUGUACCCGGUUGGACCGUUAAUUGAUCAGCACGGCCAGGUUCACAAUCAGAACCCGUUGGAAGAAAGCAUCAAGAGGUGGCUAGACGAUCAGCCACCGUCCUCGGUGGUUUUCCUGUGCUUCGGAAGCUCAGGAAGUUUCGAUGCAGCGCAUGUGAAGGAGAUCGCGCUUGGGCUUGAGCGGAGUGGGCACCCUUUCUUGUGGUCCCUACGUCAGCAACCAGGUGAUGUCCUACCGGUGGGAUUCUCAGAUCGGACGGAGGAGAGAGGCUUGGUGUGUGGGUGGAUCCCACAGACGGCUGUGCUGGCCCACAGAGCGAUUGGUGGGUUCGUGUCCCAUUGCGGGUGGAACUCGAUAUUGGAGAGCUUGUGGUUCGGUGUGCCCAUCGCGGCUUGGCCUUUGUAUGCUGAGCAACGUCUGAAUGCGUUUGAGAUGGUGAGGGAGUUGGGAGGGUUAGUGGUGGAAUUGAGAUUGGAUUAUGGGGGAGGAGGAGAUGAUUUGGUGACGGCAGAGGAGGUGCAAAGAGGAGUAUCGCGUUUGAUGGAUUCUGAUUGUGUAGUGAGGAUGAGGGUGAAGGAGAUAAUGGAGAAGAGUAGGAGGGCUUUGAUGGACGAUGGAUCUUCUUUUUCUUCUCUCGGAUGCUUGAUCAAGGACCUAAUGGACGAGGGCUUAAGUGGGCCCUACAAUAUUGCAGAUUGAAUUGGGAUUGAGAUGAGAAGCAAUACAUCUACAACUGUUGUUCGCCUGUACGAGUCAAAAUUGUAUGCAGUGAACAUUUAAUAGUUAGAAUUGUAGGAUUAUGUAUCCCAAUCAUUGGAUGCUCAUUACUAUUCAUGACCUCAUCAUAGAGGAUUUUAACAUCCACUA